UCCUGUGCAUUAUACUCACCAUCGUACCACCAUGAAGGUCUUACUACUGUUAGUCUGUGUGGCGGUGGUGGCAGCGAAACCCACGACCGAAGAUGAAGUCAUGGGAUCAGUUGUUGGGGUUGUCAAAAGUUGCGCGGAAAAAGAUGUAUCCUUGUGUUUAAAGGAAAAAGCUUUGAAAUACGCAGAAAACUUGGCAUCAGCACGCGAAAUUAGCAUCACCGAUGGCGUGACUCUCAUUGGUACUGGAUCAUCACGAGGCGCCAGAUCUUUCGAGCCCCUAUCUGAAGAACCUAGAGCAAGAGAAGACCAGGUAGAAUCGAGACUACUUGAUGCUGCUGCUGAGUUCUUGGAGAACCACGUAAUCCAGCUACGAGUACCGAAAGGAACAGUUGAUGACGUCAAGCGGUCUCUUGAGGAAGGUCGUGGAAAGAAGAAGAAGUUGAAGCAACUCCUCCCCAUCUUCGCUCUCCUCCAACUAAAGAUCCAGUCCCUCAUCCCUCUGUUCCUUGGAAUCAUUGCGUUUGCAGCUGUCAAAGGAUUAUUGCUUGCCAAGGCUGCCCUCCUCGCAUCUGCUCUUCUGUUGUUGAAGAAACUUCUCUCAAAACAUGAGCCCCAUGAGAGUUACGAAGUUGUGGCCCAUCCUCACCAUGAGGAGCACUUCGCCCAUGCCAGCCCUCACGGUGGUUGGGGAAGAUCUCAGGACGCCCAAGAAAUGGCCUACAAUGCCUACUCCAACUGAUACCUAAGAAACCUCAUCCAUUAAUUUAUUUAAAUUAUUUAAUUUAUUUAAAUUAUUCAUAAACGUAUAGGCUAUGCGUCACCAGUAUUUAUUUAUGUACCUGUUCUUUAUAUAGUACAAAUAGGUUAAUUCUUUUUCUUUACCUAGUCACUGCUUUUUAAAGCUUUUGUAAAUACGCAAGUUCAUAAUUAUCUAUGCGGUUAUGUAUUCGAUUUUAUAUGUAUUUAUAUGAUAUGUAUAAUUUUUAUAUUGUAUUUUGCUGAAAUAUUUCUUAUCUAUUUUAUAUCUGAUCUGUAUCUUUUUCGUAUUACUUUAUUUUUUUUCAUAUAUAGCACGUUGGUGAUGCCCCUUAUGUAAACAUUUCGCCCACCAUUAUCAUUGUUAUCAUGCAUUUCCAGUCAUUUAAUUUAUUGAUGCUAGAUUCAAAGAUUGUUUUGUUAAUAAACAAAUAUAUUACA